GACUCUGUUUGCGGUUAGAUGGAGAUACAGACAUGCUUGAAAUGGGUGAAAGUGCCUAUUAUUUUGCUGAAGAAUCACCUCAAGCUAACGCUAACGGAGUGAAUGUAGCCCCGAUGCGUGAUAACAUACUCAACGACGAUAAUAUUUAA